GUUAGAAUCUUGAACUUUUGAAUUCACUGAAUUGAUUUCUGUUGUGUUACUUGUAAUAAUAUUAUUGUUAUUAUACUCAUUUACUAUCGUGACUUUUUAAGUCGCCACUAAAUGCUCCGCAUUUUAUUAAUACUGGCAGUGACGAGAGUGCUGCGUUAAUUGCAGUCCUAUCAUAGCGACUAUGUUUCGGGCUCUGGAUUUUGAAGUGUUUGGCCGGGUUCAAGGAGUUUUCUUCCGAAAAUAUACCAAAGAGCAAGCCGAUAAACUGGGACUUCGAGGCUGGUGCAAAAACACAGCUCAAGGAACUGUCUUGGGACACAUGCAAGGCACUCUAGAUAAAAUUGAAGUCAUUUCUAGUGAAACAGCAGAGUCCUAUAUACAAAUUAAAUUGAAUCCCACAUACCUAUAUGCAACUUUUACGAAAGAAAAGUGCCAUAUAUUGAACAGCAGGUACAAGAUGCACUGGCUUAAAACAACAGGAAGUCCGAGCAGUAAAAUCGACAAAGUCGAGUUCAGGAACGUGAAGGAGAUCUCUGAAUUGACCUAUGAUAAUUUCAGUAUUGCUAAAGACCAUUAAAAUUGCUAAUCACUUUAAUAUCUCAGUAUUAUUAGUCGGUAUUCCCGAAGUUUAAUGUGAUAUGCUCGACCCAUGACUGCGGUACUUCCAAUACCAUAUUAUGUAAGAAGCUAAUUUAAUUUUAAUAAACGAUUGA